AUGGAAACCAGUCCAUUCGUGAAACAAUUAGGGUCUAAUAACAGAGUUGUUCGUGAAAAUGCCUUGGAAAAUGUCAAAAAAUACUUAAAGAACAGAAGAUUAGGCAAGACGAAACAAAUUGAAUUUGAUAAAUUAUGGAAAGGUUUAUAUUUUGCCAUGUGGUUCAGUGAUCGUCCAAGACCUCAGCAACGUCUUGCCGAUGAACUUGGGUCAUUGUAUGGGUUGUACAUGGAAGGUGCAGAUGGUAGUGAGGAAAAGAUGACUGAAAAUGAUAAAUCAUUUAUCAAGUUUUGUAAGAGUUAUUGGAGAGUGAUGUGUCUAGAAUGGUAUAAUAUCGAUCAUCAUCGUUUGGAUAAAUAUUUAUUGUUGAUGAGACGUGUGUUGUUCAACCAAUUGAAAUAUUUGAAGAUGAGAGAAUGGAACGAAGAAUUGGUACAAGCAUAUAUUGACAAGGUGUUGAAAAAAUUACCCUUAAGUGGUGAUAGAAAAGUAUAUACUGGUAUCCCCAUGCAUAUUGUGGAUAUUCUCUUGGAUGAAUGGGUAAGGUUAUUAACCGAGGAAGACGACGAAGAUGAUGAUGAUGAAGAAGAACCAGACGAAGACGAAGCUGCUCUGAUUGAAUCGAUCAAAGAAACUCCAUUGGAUAAGAUUAUUGCCAUCUUCCAGGAUAUAUGCAGCGACGAAGAUGUGAGUAAAGUCUUGAAAACAAGAAUCAAAGAAGAAUUAUUGGAAGAUGUAAGAUUGGUGAAAUGGGGUAUUAUAGAGCCACUUGAAGAAGACCCCGCUGAAGAACAAGAAAGUGACAACGACGGUACAGAAUGGGCUGGUUUUGACUAG